UAUUAAAUCAGAUCUUGACUAAAAGAUCCGAUUUGUAUUUGAUAAUUCGGCCAUGAUUUUAUCUCCUCAUAUUACUGUUUUAUUUCACAUAUGAGAAAUAAAAUCGCGUUUAGUUUCUUAACUGAAACGUUAUUUGGAAUAAAUUCGUGUUCAGAUGUUGGUUUUGUUGCUCUUAAUAUUUGCCGAACGAAACAGUGAUAAAUAUUGAUGCUUUAUUUGUCGUUGCUGAUUAAUUAACGAUGUUUUGUGCGCUUUAACUUAAUGAAUGCUUGAUUUUUAUUCCAGCUCCUGCCGCUGUGCUGCAGCUGGGCGGGGCUAAAGGUGGCGCGCUAAAGCAGAGCGCCACCUUUGGCAAUGUAUUCAAUAGCAUGUGGAGAGUCACAAGAUCUGGCCGGAAAUGCAGUUUCAGCAUUUCCGGCCAGAUCAGAUAAAGUCACGUUGCUGCUGCUGAAUGUCGGGUUAUUUUUCAUAUUUGGUUUGUUUUACCGUCGUUCGUAUUUUUGAAUUACGAACGACGUAUUGAGGUACUGAGUUGUUAUUGAAAUGUGAUUUUGAAUUAUCUAAACUCCCCUUUAACUCUCUAAUGUCCACCAACAGAUGAAGUUAAUGUUCCAGCACAACUUCAGCCCCAUAAUGUUCCACUGUGGAACAACAGAGCCAUUCUAUGUGGCUGCGGAGCCACACAGCGCCACCAUGUGGAGGAAACCAGUUCUGCUGCUGCUGCUUCACAUCAUGGAAGCUGCAGUGGCGCCGCCCUGCUGGCAGGGGGCGACCUUCCCGGAGGCCGUGGUUUCCCCGGCGGCGGACAGCAGCGGCAUCGUGCGCGUCCCGGCCGCGGCGUCGCUCCAGCUGUGCGUGGCGGCGUGCUGCGACCUCCCGGACUGCGACCUGGCCUGGCGCUUUAAGGGCCGCUGCUACGUCCUGAGCUGCCAGCAGGGGGCCGACUGCCGGCCCCGGGUCCGGCCCGGCGCCGACUCGGUUCUGGCCUUCCUGCAACGUCCGGCUCGCUCCCUGCUGCGGUCCCUGGGAAGGCCGGCGCCGUUCGGCCGGACGCGGGGGCCCGGCGGCCACCCGGAGGCCCUCAAGGGCCCGGCUAUGUUCGAUGGGCCCGACCCGACCUGGUCCGACCCGGCGGACCUGGAGGCAGAUUGGUUCUGGUCCACGUUCAACCAAUCACAGGAGGCGGAUCCUGGAGGGGCGGAGUCAGACAGCAACCUGACCGGAACCAGAACCACAGAACCAGCUGGUCCGGCUGCUGCAGAGGGAACGGCAGGAAGUCAGAGACCCGAGCUUCCUGCGCCUGUCGCUGACUCCGCCCCUACGGGUCACAUGACCACGCCCGGUGAUGUCAUCAGCACCACGGUGAACCCAGGUCAUCCUGUGGGGGACCCGGUGGAUCCGGUGGACCUCGGCUCCGCUGUGACAUCAGAACCAACCGGUUCUUCUGAAGUCGGGAACAGAACUUCAGAACCUCUGAAGGUUCUCCAGGCUCCAACCACCGACCCGCUGAAAGAGGUGACCUCUGACCUCCCCACCUCAGCUGCUCUCCCCCCGACUACUGUAGCGGAACCCCAGGGGCCGAACCGGGCCCCACUGGCCGCCGUAGGUCCGGACCUCCAUCUGGUUCUCCCUCUGAGCGCCAGCCUGUUGCUCAACGGCAGCGGCAGCACCGACGACCGCGGCGUUAGCGGCUACAGCUGGGAGGUGUUGAGCGGUCCUCCUGGUUUGCGGCUGCAGGAUGCCGACCAGGCGGUCGCCAUGGCGACGGGCCUAAGAGCGGGGCGCUACACGUUCAAGCUGACGGUGUCGGACCAGCAGGGGGCGACAGACAGUGCCUUGCUGUCGGUGCGGGUCCAGGAAGCCCGCAGUCUUCCUCCGGUGGCGCACGCCAGCGGCAGCCAUGUUCUGGUUCUGCCCAACAACUCCGUGGUUCUGGAGGGGUGGGUUACUGACGGAGACCAAACGGAGGUCCGGUACCGGUGGACCAGGGACAGCCAGAGUCCAGCAGCCGGGGAGGUCCUGUUCGGCUCGGAGACCCGGCGGGUCCUGUACCUGUCGGACCUGGUGGAGGGAACCUACCUGUUCCAGCUGAGGGUGACGGACGCUCAGGGCCGGGUCAGCACCGCCACCGCCACCGUGGAGGUUCGGCCAGAACCAGGCGGCGGCCAGCAGGUGGAGCUGGAGAUGCUGGUGGCGGUGUCUCAGGUGAGCUUGGCUCAGAGGGACACACUGGUCCGGCAGCUGGCCGCACUGAUCCACGUCCUGGACCGGGACAUCCGGGUCCGGGCGCUGCAGGGACGGACCCAACUCAGCACGGUUCUGCAGUUCUGGGUCCAGGGCCCGACCGGACCCAUCCCGGCCUCCAGCCUGGUGGUUCUGCUCAGGAAACAGCUGCUCCGAGACAAGAGCGACUUCCUGCUAUUCAAGGUGCUGAGAGUCGACACUGUGGCGUGCGAGCUGAGCUGUUCAGGGCGGGGCCAGUGUGAUCCAAUCACCAAACAGUGUUCCUGUGACCCGUUCUGGACGGAGAACCUGAUCCGGCUCUACCUCGGGGACGGAGAGAGUAACUGUGAGUGGAGGGUUCUGUUCGUGAUCCUGAGCAGCUUCCUGAUGAUGGUCCUCAUCCUGUCGCUCAGCUGGACCUUUGUCUGCUGCAGCCGGAGGAGGAAGCAGAGGAAGGGAAGGAAGAAGACCAGGUACACCAUCCUGGACGACAUGGACGAGCAGGAGCGGCUGGAGCUCCGGCCCAGAUUCAGUCUGAAGCACCGCAGCACGGAGCACAACUCCAGCCUCAUGAUGUCCGAGUCGGAGCUGGACAGCGACCAGGACUCCGUCUUCAGCCGGCCGGUCCGCAACCGGAACCAGGUCAGCUCCCAGGCUGCGCGCAACGGGAACGCCUUCGGGUGAAGACAGGAAGUCCGGGGGGACAGUGAGGGUUGGAGGAAGUCUGGACGGCGCCUCCUGGUGGCAGCACAUGUUCGGUUCAGAGGUUUCAUUCAUUCUUCCCAGAGAAACAUUCAUGAAGCGAAGACUUGGCCUGCAGGGGGCAGCACCAAGACAUGAGUUCAGGUUCCGUUCAUCUGGGCCUGUUGGACUGUUCCUUUAGUGUCGCAUCAGAACCAGAACCGGACCCAGCUGGGAUUAUUAAGCAUCCUGGUGACCCAAACGUCUCAGCAGAACCAGUUCCAUGUCUGGUGAUUUAAAGUCAAAGUUUCAGGAGAAACUGAAGAAAUCAAACAUGAAUUCAUCCGUCACUUUAUUUCAGAUCACACACAAACGUACAAAAACCUAAACAGGAAAGUUUUCCAGAAUAAUCCGAGACAUUCUGUUACUAACUAAACAUCUAGAAUCCAAGAAACCCACAGAUCUCUAUCUGCAGCAGAACCGACCCGGUUCCAGAUUCUGGAUUCAUCCAAAAUUCUUCAGAUUAAAGUCAACAUGAAACUCCAACUUCAUUUGUUUUUUUUCUGCAUAUUGUUGCCUGAAUGCAUCAAAGGGUUCAGGAAGUCUGGGUCCAAUCCAACAGCUUCUAGGAUGUGAUGCGUAAAAGUGGGCAGAGCUUAGUCCUUCCAAAUAAA